AUGGCCACUCCUUUUGCUUUUGUAUCUCUUCUAACUUCUGAUAGCUAUCUUCCCGGGGCUCUUGCGGUCGCAGCUGCGCUCAAAGACCUUCACCCGGUUCCCCCUGUCCAGCCCGAGGUUGAAUUUCAGACAGUAUGUCUUGUCACUCCGGAGACUGUGGAUGUGUCCUCCAUCAAGCUCUUGAGGAGGGCAUUUGAUGUCGUCGUAGGCGUGGAACUCAUUGAGCAGGAGGACAAUGUCAAGGGCCUGCAACUGCUAGGCCGUCCGGACUUGACUCAUGUCCUCACCAAAUUGCAUGCUUUCCGGUUGACCCAAUAUUCUAAGCUAAUUUUUCUGGAUGCGGAUGUGCUUCCCAUUCGCCCUAUAUCUCACCUGUUCACCAUCCCCCACGAGUUCGCCGCCGUACCGGAUGUAGGGUGGCCUGAUAUUUUCAAUUCCGGCGUGCUUGUCUUCUCACCAGGCGAAGACAAGUUUAAUGAACUAAUGGGGCUUCUCCGAACAAAGGGAAGCUGGGACGGAGGGGACCAAGGGCUCUUGAACGAGUGGCGUGGAGGCGAUUGGCACAGGCUCAGCUUUACGUAUAAUACCACCCCUUCUGCUGCAUACACCUACGCGCCGGCGUACGAACGCUUUGGGUCCAAGAUAUCCGCAAUCCACUUCAUUGGGUCCAGCAAGCCGUGGUCCUCUAUCCCAUACCGCGCGCCCGGUUCGGUGGGCGCUGAAAAGCCCCCGCUAGGCGCUAGUGAGCAACAGCGGAAUGCGUACGAUUACGCGUCACUCAUCGACCGAUGGUACGACGUGUACGACAGACACUAUCGCACCGAUCAGCCCAUGGCGCAUGCAGACUUUGAGGUCCGGCGCUACACUUCCGCAUGGGACACCGAGCAGGAGUUUGGUGAGCUCCCGACAAUGACUGGUCCUAUCGCACCUGUCGCAGGAGCGACACUGGGCUUGGAGGACUUGCGCAAGAUCGCUGUGGAAGGUAUGAGCCGCAUCGGCAGCACAGCCGAAGUGUCAGAGCAGGGUCCGCACGAAGGAGAAUACAGAUCGCUGCCGUUGGAGGGUCGGGUUGACUUGAUGAGACCUAGACAUGAGCCGGAGCCUCAGCAGGAACAGCAUGAGACGCAGGAGCAGAUGGAGCAGGGUGGGGAUAUAACUCCAAAGCAGGAGGAAUACAAGCCUUCCAGUGGUGGACCUGAUCAAGGCCAAAGAACGGAACAGCCUCCCCACCAUCUGUACCCUCCGCAGUUGCAGCGUCCACUGCCAGCAGAGCAGCCAUAUCGCCAGCCAGAAUGGCAUGUAGGUGAACAGCAAUAUCGUCCGGCGCAUGUUCCUGGACAUGCAGAGCAUCAUGUGCAUGUCCAUCCACGUGUGGACGAUUACCGACGAGAUGAGUCCCAUUCACGGUCUCCACCUCCCGAGGGCAUCACGCACCACGGGCAUCAUCGUCCCGCACGUCACUAUCAUGGGCAACCUGAGCACGCACCUACAUCGCCACCUGGCCCACUGCCAUCCUUACCCCCGUCCCAGCCCCCAGCCCCGUCUCAACCACAAGCAUUCCAUCAGCCUGAGCCUCGCCCACCUCCUACGCAAACUCAACCACAACCAUAUCAACGCCCUGAGCCGCCUCGUCCGCCGUCUCCGUCCAAAUUCUCCUGGAAUCCCGCGAUUGAGCCUCCGCCGAAUACGGCCCCUGGACCCUCCUCCUUCCCUGUUGACACGUACUUCCCGAACGUCUGGGACCAGAUCCCCAGCCAACAGCACGACGCGACUCACCAGUUAUUCCCUCCACCUCCGCAAUCCCCGGCUGGUCCUGGCUUACACACGUUCUUUAACCCUCCCCCUCCCGCUGUCAUUCCUGAGCAGCUUGUGCAACAAGGACAGUAUGCAGGCGUUAUCGGUCAGACGCAUGAGACUCCACCCACGCCCGAUCGCAGCAAAGUACACGCGGUCUUCCCAUGGGAGGAGAAGCCUCGCCAUGUCCCACGGCGCGUGUUCCCUGUGACGGACUCGCCGCCGCCGUCUACUCAAUACAUUGAGGCUGAGCUGAGCCCACCCACCGCGCAUCUGGGUUCCCCUGCUCCAGGUCGUCCGAUAUUGCAUGUGCAGACACCUCCGUCGGCCGGCCUGCCGAGCAAUCUCUCGUAUUCGAAUGCAUGGGAUACGGUACCGAGCAUCCAGCGGUAUGCCUCUCGUCUUGUACGUCCGCCGUACCGUGGAAUAGUGGCAUCGCCAUCUGCACCGAGCGAUGAUGGGUGGCGUAAGUGGGAGAAGGAGCGGGAGCGUGUCGUGCAAGCAAAACAGGAUGCGAGUAGCAUGGACGGAGACGACGAAGACGAGGGCGACGAUGAGGAAUCUGACAAAGAGCUCACCGGACGGCGCGAGCAAGAUGGCGGCAGAGAGAGGAGCGGAAGUGGGUCGCGUUCCCGAGCGCCCAGCUCGGCAUCGGCGCUAUCAAUUAGUAAGGGUAAAAAGUACCGCACAUGCGGGGUGCAGACCACGGCGGUGGAGACGCGGAACCAGAGCGUACAGGUUAGCAUUCUCACGGACGACAUGGUGCCGAAGAAGGCGAUAGAAGUGAAGCCGCGCGGAGGAGGUGUGUCAGGAGUAGCGCGGCGGGAGGUGGCGUACAGUUCUAUUGGUACUGGCGGAGGGCUGCUCCCCGCUGCGACGUUCCGCGAGUUCAAGGCUGACCCAGAUCAGAUGGGAGCGGCGACCCCUCUGGCGACACACGCUCUGCGGUCAACGAUGCCGUUCCCAACAACUGGGUCACCGUCGGGAUUGCGCUCGCCUCAGACCCUUGGUUCUCCGCGUAAUUAUUCCCCUCCCAAGCUGGAGACUCCUCCGAAGGUACUGUCUCCUCCAAAAUCACCGUCGCCUCCGAAGGUCCCGUCGCCGCCAAAGGUUGUGUCCCCUCGCAGGCUCUCGUCUGCGCAGCCAGUGGUAUCUUCACCUCGGAAGAGUUCUGUUUCGUCGAAGACAUCAUCCCCAAUUGUCGGGCCGGUUACACCACCUCAGAGUACGCCGUCUCCGAAGCUGGCAAGACUUGCGUCUCCGUUCGCCCCUCUCCUGGCGCGUACCUCGUCGAAUGACACUACUAUCACUUCGUCACCAUCUACGCAAGGGCCAGUAAUCACUCCUGAGAGUACGCCGAUCAUGGGAAGUGUGCGCAAAGGCGGACGUGUGUGGGAUCCGGCACGAGGAGUGGACGUUUUCAAACGCGGUUCGGAGGAAGUUCUCGCGCGAUUCCUGCGGAUGGGUUCGUUCGACGAGGAGGAAAGACGUGUUGUGCAAUAA